AAAAGAAAAGAAAAGAAAAAGAAGAAAUGAAAGGAAAGCACCUUGUUGUUGUUGUUUGCUUGUUGAAGUUGAAUUGAAAUAAGAAUAAAAAUUGAAGAUCCGGGAGAGAUUGGGUAACAAAAUCUGUAGGAUCUUCCUUUCCAAACUGUCAAAAAAAUCUUGUAAGGAUUUCGCAAAAUUAUAUCCCAAUUCCCCAUUCUAAUCAGAAUCAAAAUGCUUUCUUUCUUCCCCAUUUAUAAACCCUUUAUCCUUCCUCUUCUUCCCACCAGAAUUCCCUUUCUUCUUCUUCUUCUUCUUCUUCCUUUGAUUUUACUAUUGAAUUCCAAUUCCCAUGGCCCUUCUCUCCGCUGAGCCUCGAUUUCAUGUCUUGGCUGUUGAUGACAGCCUCAUUGAUAGGAAGCUCAUUGAAAGGCUCCUCAAAACUUCCUCCUUCAAUGUUACUGCUGUGGAUUCUGGAAGCAAAGCUUUGGAGCUUCUGGGUUUGGUUAGAGAAAGAAAUGGAAGCAACCAUUCUCCUAUUUCCCCUGAAAAUCAUCAUCAUUAUCAUCAUCAUCAUCAUCAAGAGAUUGAAGUUAAUCUCAUAAUUACAGAUUACUGUAUGCCAGAAAUGACAGGCUAUGAUCUUCUCAGAAAGAUCAAGGAAUCUGACUCACUUAAAGACAUUCCUGUUGUGAUUAUGUCCUCUGAGAAUGUUCCAUCAAGAAUCAACAGAUGUUUGGAAGAAGGAGCUGAGGAGUUUUUGCUAAAACCAGUGAAAUUAUCUGAUGUCAAUAAGCUUAAGCCUUUCAUAUGUAGAGGUAAAGACAAGGAGAUGGAUAUCAACAAUCUCAAGAGAAAGGAAAUGGAAAAGAGCCAAUCAUCUGAGAGAACAAGAACAAAAUACAAUGAACUUUUCUGAACUUUUGCGGAUGACCAUUAAUCAUUAUUACCAGAUUUUCUAGAGUUAAAUGACAAUUAUUAUGGUUACAAGAGUCGCAGUCAUUUUGAAAUUUGUCUACUUGUACAAAGUUGAUGAAAAUUCAGAUUUUUAGGCUUAGAAAUCUCAUUAUUUUGUAGUUUAGACAUGUGAACUCAUGAUUUGAUCUCUACCAAACAAACAAAAUAAGAGCAUACAUCACUUUUUUUCUUUCUUUUUAUUUUCCAAUUUUGGCUUUGGACCACUAAUAAGAUUGCUGAAUGAAUUUGGUCAA